AUGUUGUCACCAUAUUCGUCAAAAACGACAAGUCCAAUGUCACCUGGUCUCUCCGUGCAUACCGCGCUGGGAAGCGUUUUCCGAGCCAUCUCGAUGACGGAGAAUGGCCCGAGUUGGGGCCCGCCGGUGGUCACCGGAUUGUCGCCAACAGAGGGGAUACCAGGCACCCAAAUCACACUUCGCGGCGAGUUUCUCGGUCAUGAUGCAUCCGAUCUCAUCAUGCUCAUCAUUUGUGGCACCGAUUGUCUCCAUUCGGCAAAAUGGAAAUCCCCAUCAAAAAUCGUGGCUCGAGUUGGACAGGCGAGUCGAGGGUUGGGCGAGAUUCGGAUUGGGACAAAAUCCGGUGGCAGAGGGUCGAGUAAUGUGAAAUUCCGUGUUUUCAUCACUCAAGUGGGCCCGCUCGAAGAGUCGGCUGUGUGGGUGGAUGAAACGAGGACAGUGCCAGGAAGAGAGGCAAUUCGUAACGUUGCCCCUAGCAUCGAGGACCGAGACGCGCUGGGAUUGGAAAAGACGAAGAAAGCGGACAUCGGAUGGUUAGCGAACGAGUAUCCGGACGGUUCAAGCAAUCUUCGCAUGGAGAGCUUCAAUCCACAACUUUAUCUACUCGAGUACCACAUGGAUUCCAGCUUACAAUGUCUGCGUGAGGGGUUGAAGAAUAUUGAGCUCGAUAAGAGGAGUGAAGCGAAGAAUGAAGAAGAGAUGCACAAGGCAAAUCUCUACUCAUUGAUCAACUGCGUCGACUCACUUGCCGCUCUCCAUAAUGAACUCGAGAGUGCGCACAAAGCUGGAGAGUUCGCAGUGAUCAAACAGAUUGCUUCUCAGAUCAAAGAAGCCAAAUCGGAAGCUGAAUCAGUUUUUCGAGAAGUUUUAACGCGAAAAGAUCGUGCGGAUGCGACGAGAAAUGCACUCUCAGUGCUCACUCGUUUUAAAUUCAUCUUCUUUCUCAACAAGUCGAUUGAUGAGAAUUUGACUAAGGGUGAAUUCUCUGCAAUUCUUAACGAUUAUACCCGUGCCAAAUCACUUGUAAAGGACACCGAAGUAGCGCUUUUUCGCGAGGCGAUGGCUGGCGCUGACAAGAAGAUGGCUCAAUUCAAGGAAGAGCUAAAGCAUCGGCUUGUGGAGAGUACAGCCUCGUACGAAGAGCAAAGCAAAUUGAUCAAGUAUUUGAAGAUCUUGGAUCCAGAUUCAGAUCCCUGGUGGGACUGUAUCACUUCGUGUCAUUGUUGGCUUGAAGAGGUUCUGUGGGCACUUCAAGAAACGCAUCAAAAGAAAGCUGUUGAAGACGCCAAGCAGACACAGAGUGGAAGAGUGUUAAUUGUUGAAGUAAAUCAUCGACAAGUUUUCAUCACAGAGAUGGUCUCAAUUCUACUUUCGAAGUUACAGUACUUCUGGAAGCUAGCCAGUAACUACACGAAUAACGACAGCCGAUCAACGCAGCGAUUGGAUGAUGUUAAUCAAAUGCUCAUCAACACAAUCAAUGUCUCAUCAUGGCUUCUUCUUAACGCUUUGGUACCAAAAUCGAUGCCCGAUGAAGUCUUGGAAAGAUAUAAAUCGAAAUUCCUGCAUUGGCCCGAAUUGACGCUAGAGCUAGAGCGAAGCACUUUGUCCUAUUCGCUUAAACAUUUGAGAGGUCUCAUCGCUUCCCUUCUCGAAACACAAUUCACUUCACAGCAUGUUCAACCAUUGGUCGAAUUGUGUAUGACAGUGAGACUCAAAGCUAUCUCGAAUAUUGUAGAGAAAGGACAAGAAGCAAUCACGGCUCUCGCGAAAAAGGAGAACUGGCAGCACAGAGAGCUCGUCUCGAAAGGUGUCAUCAAAACGGCGAUACCGGAUUUGUUCGAAAAUGAGAUUUGCGAAUGUAUUUCAACAGCUCGCGAAGUCUUUUCAUCGUCUGGAUACACUGGCGAAUCGGAUUUGUUCUCGAGAGAGGCAUUACGCAAAAACAUCAUCGAUUUACUGGUGGCUUUGAUCAGCUCUGUACGGCGUUGCUUCGGGACGAUGCUUCACUUGAACAAUGCCGAGAAACGGCCGAAUGAUUUGGACAUUGACAAGAAGAAUGGAAAGAGAGCCGAUCCAGAGGAAAGAGGACAGAUUACGACAAAGAAGAUUUUGAUCGCCAUUUGCAACAUUGAGUACAUCGCGAACACGUCGUUGAAGAAUAUCAGUCGAAGGAUGACCGAGAACGGGGUCAAGUAUGCCGAUUUGAUUUAUGAGAGUGCUCAAACAAAACUUCUCGCCUAUCGCCAGCAGCUAAUCGGCUUGUACAAUGGAAUCAAAUGCUCAAUCUUUCAAACCCUAGUCCACUCGAUAAAUUACGACUAUUUGCCGGAUGAUGAUGUUUCCGAUUUUGCGAAAGAAAUCAUCAUGAAUUGUGUGUUAGAGCAGGCGGAGUUAGAGGUGAAUGCGCCACAGUUGACACAUGAAUGUCUAGAGCACAGUGUUCAGUACGCAUUUCAACAACUCAUUCUCUAUCUGAAAGACAAUCCGCCUCGUGAUCUCGAUUCAACGACGCAAUGUGUGAUCGACAUUUCGGGGCUCGAGCAAGCGUUGAGUCCAUUUCUCAGUCUUGGAUCGAGAGCGAGUUUGAAUCAAUAUCGAGCAGCUUUGGUCGGACGAUUGGAUCAAUUCAAACUGCAACGAUGUUUGACGAAUAUGCGAAACUCGAUGCGAAUCGCGAUUGAAAGUCUUGAAAGAACGGCUCGUGAUGACCUCAAUGUGUCAAAUGUU